AUGCAGUACUUCACCGUCGCAGCCGCUAUCAUGAGCACCGCUCUCUUCGCCUCGGCGGCCCCAACCUCAACUCCCCUCGAGCGCCGAGCCUGCAGCGUCGCCUACCCUCAAUCCAUUGGAUUCCCCAUCAACUACGAUAUCCACCAAGACGCGGGCAAGACCAACGUCCGUGAUGACUUCAUCUCCUUCACCAACAUCCCUGCCGGUUCCUACGGCUGCCAACUUGAAGUCAACUUCCCCGCCGGCUACACGAUUGAAUCCUCGGGUAACAGCAAGGUCAAUAUCUUCACCGAAUACGGCGCCAACAAGGGCAGCCUCUUCGGCACCGUGGAGUUCGCUAGCUCCCCGGUUGCCCCAACCAAGUACAUCAUCAAUAGCGCCACUUGCGAGAGUGUUAUGACGUACAGGAUGAGCAUUGCCAGCGAUUGCGAUGCCGGCCGUGUUGCUUUCGCCGAUACCAAGGAUGCGGGUCUUACCAUGACCUACAAUUGCUAG